CACCAGGCAGCAGCUAGCGGGUAGCAUUCUUGCUUCGAAGCCAGGGCAGAGCGUUGGUAACGAUGACACUCAGGAAUGGGUUCGGCCUGCCUCUGCUUCUUUUGCUGCUGACGACUGGGAAUGUAGCUGCCUCCUCCACGAGGGGAUACAAGCGGACGGGGGGAUUGCUUUCGGGUGGCGGCGAUGCGGGCAGGGUCAGGGGCCGUAGCGACGGCCGCCGGUUGGUCGGGCUGACAAGAACCUUGAGAGGAGGUGGGGCAGCGGGCGAGUCCGACCUGCGGCUAUCGACAUCGACGUCGUCGACCACGUCGGAAGCCGCGGCAACAGUUGCGACCUCCGUCGUGUCGAGACGAAAAACAACGGCGAGCGCCACCGAGCUCAAAAACGCGGCGGAACCGGUGUCGCUUGGGGGCGUUGUGGAAGAAGGGGACGAGGGCGAGGAGUCGGCCGGCUUGGUCAUUGGUGCAGGGGAGGGGUUGUUGGGGGCGACGCGCGUUGGGGAAGGGGUGAAGGUUAGGGGGGGGGUGGUGGCCGGGCUGAUCACCAAGGUUUUCGCCAUCGAGAAGCACGAGCUGCGGAAGUUCCUGACCAUGUCGGUCAUGAUGUUCGCAAUCAUCUACGUCUUCACCAUGACCAGGGACACGAAGGACGCGCUGGUAGUGACCAACUGCGGCGCGGAGGCAAUCGCCUUCCUCAAGGUCUACGCGGUGCUGCCUGCGGCGGCACUGUUCAUGAUCGGCUACAACUGGCUGUCCAACCACGUCGGGAGCCGGGCGCUGUUCCACAUGACCAUCACGCCGUUCUUCGCCUUCUACGCGUUGUUUGCCUUCGUCAUGUACCCCAUGAGAGGGGUCUUGCAUCACUCUGCUGGGGCGAUGGGCAAAGACGAGCACGUGUUCUCGCACAUGAUCAACAUGGGGCGCUUCUGGAUGUUCUCGCUCUACUACGUGGUCUCGGAGCUGUGGGGCUCGGCGGGCGUGCCGCUCUUGUUCUGGACGUGCGCGAACGAGGUGACCCCCAUGACGCAGGCCAAGCGCUUCUACCCGCUCUUCGCCAUCCUCGGCAACCUGGGCCCCAUCGCCUCGGGGCAGACGAUGGCCUACGUUAGCCGUAACCGCCCGGCGGGGAUGGACGCCGAGGUGGCCUUCGAACGCACGCUGAAGAUUCUGACGAGCCUGAUUCUUGGAGCGGGAGGAAGCAUCAUGGUGUUGUACGAAGUGAUCAUGGCCAUUAGCAAGAAGGAGGCCGAAGACAACGAUGCGCUCAAGAGCCCCAAGGAGCGGCGGCGCAAGCAGAGGAAGCUCGCCAAGGAGAAGGCCAAGCAGAAGAUGGGGCUCCUCGACUCCUUCCGCUUCCUCUCCAAGUCCAAGUACCUGGGCUACGUCGGGCUCAUCGUGAUCAGCUACGGGCUGUCGAUGGAGUUCACGGAGAUCGUCUGGAAGGCCAUCGUGAAGCUGGCGUACCCGGACAAGAGCGACUACAUGGCCUUCAUGGGACAGUAUAGCAGCAUCGUCGGCGUGACGACGGCCUUCAUGCUCCUGGUCGGCAAGGAGGUGAUCAAGUACCUCGGGUGGGAGGUGGGGGCUCUGGCCACCCCCGCGGUGAUGGCCGGCCUGGCCGUGCCCUUCUUCGGGUACAUCAUCUUCGGAGAUAUCCAGCAGUCCAAGAAGACCCUGAUGAUGGCGGUGUGGGUGGGCAUGGUGCAGAACGUCCUCAGCAAGGCCACGAAGUACGCCCUCUUCGACCCCACAAAGGAGAUGGCCUACAUCCCUCUCGACAAGGAGUCGAAGGUGAAGGGCAAGGCCGCCAUCGACGUGUUGGGGGCGAGGCUGGGCAAGUCGGGCGGAGCCCUCGCACAACAGGGGCUGGUGGUGGCAUGUGGAUCAAUCCUCACGGGAGCACCGGUCCUGGCCACCCUGUUUGCCAUGGUGUCGGCCAUGUGGAUCACUUCGGUGGUGAAUCUGGCGAAGCUGUUCAGGGUGCGCCAGGCCGAGGCAGAGAAGGCGGCGGCCGAGGGACACCGAUGAACCAGCCAAUCAGAGUCACCCGUUCGUUCUGCUGUGCCAUCUCUACCUGGGAGUUGAAGUUUGACUGGAGUACAUCGGUUGGUGGGGGGCGCGGGGUCAUAGCUUGCGCGCCACGCGGUUGGUCUGCUCAUUUAGAGUGGGUUGAUGGGACAUGCUAUGAUCGAUGCUCGUGUAGAGUGGGCCGAUGGACACAUGCAGAAGCGGGUGUGUGCCCGUAUUGUUCAUGUCGUGGAAUAGAUCAGUUUCACUGUUCCGACCGGUGAUGGUGGUCUCUGGUGCUUGGGGGUCAAAGGAGACGAUAGGGAACGGGCCAACAAACUCAUUGCGAGUAUCCCGAGGGUGGACGGGGCUACAACACAUACUCCACGCAGAGCGAGAUUUGAUGCUUGAUUUUGUAGGGGGCCAUUCCCAACCCCCAUCGAGGCAUCGUCAUUGUGCUUGGUGAACCGGGUGUUGGUUGUAACCUCUUGACUAAUGCCUUGCGCCGUAGAAUAUUGUCCACUUUGGGUACUGCAGAUUUUAUCCUACUUAGUACGUGGGUUAGCAACUGGUUCAGGUUAGCUUAGGAGGUGGUGGAAUGUGACGUUAGCUGGUCGCUUAACACCUUGGUUGUGCUUGAGAAUGUGGCGGGAGCAACGGCUCUCAUGGAAGCAUUUCAUGAGCUCUAUAUUGUAUAGAUGACCUCAGUCUCUUGAGGGCAAACCACGGAUAUGUCCAUGUCGUCCGUUUUCGCGUGGAAACCGUGAAUAUGAAGAAGCGCCUUCCUCCCUUCAUUUGCGUGCGUCCAGGCU